GGCUGGAAUGCUUCGAUAAUAGCUGUGUGACGUAUCGUCGAGGCCAAAGUCCGUAACGGAGAAGACUGGAAUGCGCGGCCAGACGCAAGCAGGACCAAGGCGAGUGCAGUCCGUACGCAGUCGAAAGAUGUAGAGCAGUACCAACGAAAAAUAAACAAGACUGCUCGCAGCACCCAACAGAAAUCUGUCUGUCUCAGGAUCCCAAGAUUUCCAGAACGAAGCCGAAAAAAACAAGAGAAAAAAAAGAGACAAAAGAAAUAGAAACCAAAAAAAGGGAGGAUGGGAUGGGCGACCAGCAAGCGGAGACUGAUGAGAAAAUAUCUUGAGCUAAGGCUACCGAGGCUGCCUUUUCAAGGUUGCGGGCUGUUGCGAGCUGCCAAACCGGUCUGGGAGAUGAUGAUCACAGCUGACGGCCCGAGCGUGGCUGGAGACAGACGGGCAAAAAAACAGCGCGACUGUUUAGCUCUGACUAAUGGAGGCGUCGGCGAUGGUGAUGAUAGUGAUGGUGAUGCUGAGAUUGUGAUUGUGCCGGGUCGAGCUUGUUGUGCUAGGGGAAGAAGGCUGGCUGAGAGGGUAGAGGUUGAAAGUGAGAGGAAGAGGAGGAAGAAAGAGGUCUGGAGAUUUCAAGGUGCUGGAUGGCAAAGUACGAGUACAAGUGGAGGUACAUGUACGAGUCCCGUACAGGCUGCACGCUUUUUUUACAGGCUUCCAGUCGCUACGGUACAGCCAGCAUGGAGGGCCCCGGGGAGAUCAGGCCCGAGCGCUGCAGUGACAAGUGACGGGGGGGCGACUGGGGAUGGAUUGAUGGAUGGCGUGAGUGACAAGCAGCAGAUGGCUGUGGAGGAAGAGGGAAUAAAAGAGGAGCCGGAGUGCAUGAUAAUGGUGCUAGUAUUUCUUUGAGCAGAUUUUUAAUUUUUUAUAGCACAC